AGAAUGAAGAGUAUCGCAGUUCCCGGAUACCUUUAACGACGGAGUUUACUGGAGUGGGUUUUGUUGUUUAAGACCAAGUGCUACAAGGUUCCACCAUGAGGACAUACAUAUUGGUGCUCCUGGCCUUGGCGUGUCUCGCGCUGCACGUGACAGGACAGGAUAAGAAGAUGUUCUGCUACUACAGCAGUGACGCCAGGUGGCGCAGCGACUACGGCCGGUUCCAACCGGGCGACAUCGACCCCUUCCUGUGUACACACGUCAUCGUGGCUUUCGCAAAGGUGUUGCCAUGGGGACUAGGACCCAACGUUGAAGGGGAUGAAAAACCUAGUGGCUGGAAUGCAUUAUACGCCAAGACCGCUGCUCUUAAAAAACGAAACCCUAACCUGCGCGUGUUGCUUGCGGUGGGGGGAUGGAAGGAAGGAUCGAAGCCGUUCAAGAAAGUCAUAGAAACCGAGAACACGAUAUCCAAGUGGGCCGAGAACGCUGUCGCUUUCCUCCGCCAGCACAACUUGGACGGGAUGGACAUGGACUGGGAGUUCCCAGGGGUCAGAGGCAGCGUCCCUGCCGACAAAUACAAGUUUACCAUCUUAUUGAAGACGUUUCAGGAAAAACUCCAAGAAGAGGCUAGGCAGACAGGGAAUGAGAAAAUGAUACUGACGUUGGCUACUGCUGCAGGGCUUUUCUUCAUUGACAACGCCUACGAAACGACGAAAAUCCACAAAUAUCUCGAUUAUAUGCUGUUAAUGACGUACAACUAUCAUGGGCUGUGGGAAAAGAACAUCGGGCACCAUAGCAGCAUCACUCCUAGCAAAGCGGACGAUGGGGAGAGAAAGAGUCUGUGUCAGAAUUGGACAGUUCAGUUCUGGAAGCAGCAGGGCGUGCCCAAUGAGAAGCUAAUCCUCGGCCUGGCCACCUACGGGAUGAGCUACACCCUCAUGAACCCGAGCAACACGUGGAUCGGGGCGAACGCCACUGGGGGAGGCAAAGGGGGCAGGAUUACCAAGGAGCCGGGGAUCCUUGCCUACUAUGAGAUCUGUGAAAACAUCAGAUUCAACUCGUGGACGAAGGAAUGGAUCGAGGAGCAGAACUCCCCAUACGCCUUCGGCGGGGACCAGUGGGUGGGAUACGAUGACGUCAACAGCAUUGGGAUCAAGGCAAACUACAUCAACAGCCAGAACCUAGGUGGCGCCUUCAUCUGGUCCGUGGAGAUGGACGACUUCACAGGGAACGGCUGUGGACUCGGAAAGUAUCCACUGCUUAGACGGAUCUCCGAGAUAAUCCGUCCAGCCAAUGAGUUCCCGAAUGAACCGCCUAUUGAGAAGCCGUCACCAGUCACGGCUCCCCCUGCUUGGAAGCCACCGACCAGGAAGCCACCGACCAGGAAGCCCCGCCCAGAGGGUGUGUUCCCUUCAAUCAACCGCAUUGAACUUCCUGAUAACAUGCCCCUGACGUGUGCGGAGAAUGGAGCUGGAUUGUGGGCCGACGAAGAGGACUGCCACGGCUACUACUCGUGCACCGACUACAUGGGCUCGCGCAUGUCAUGUGGACCCUACAUGGCCUUUGACCCCGAGUCAAGCAACUGCGGGUACACGACAGAUAAAUGUCCGCCGAUGUAGCUGAAGUGCCAAGCUGAAUUGCGAAUACGUUCUAUGUGAAGAACGUAGCGAAUCAUGCGUAGAUACGUGGGAUCGUCGGGUUCAUAACGGAAACUGCGACUGCAUUUAUCUAUAUUGGUUGUGAAUAGUGUUUGAAAUAACUAUAACAUGUUACGACCCACAGACUGGUAGAUUUCCAAACCUACUUCCCCUCAACCGAUAUAUCUACACACAGUUAAACCUCGACAAUCUGGACUGUACCAUUUCAAUGGUAAUCAUCUAUAUUAUGUCUCAUCAAGAUUGACCGGUAGGCGGGGUGUCCGGAUUCACGAGAUGUCCCUGUACAUGUCGUCUCGAGAGUGAGCCAGCAGCUAACUGUUUCUUAACUGAUGCUCUGCUUAAGACCUUCAUCUUCUAUUUAUAUUUCAAUUGUGUAAAAGUUAAAAUUGAAUUCAGAAAAUGACCAAAUAUGUUAUUAAAGUGUGAGAAGUUGAAAAAUAUAUCACUGGACAGACUUGAUUGAUGACAUAAAUGAUAACUAUAGUCUGUCACAAAUAUUACUUGCAACGGGAUAACGGAGAAGUGUUGAAAGCUGGUUUCAUGUCAGUUGCGAAAGGAAAUGUGAAUUUUCAGACAUUUAGGUAAGAAGAAGUUAAGCUAACUAUUUAAGAACGAGUCGUAGUCAACACAUGUUUUUGUCUAAUUGUUUUGUAUUGCAUUGUUAACAUAAACAAAACGGCGAAAAAUGAUACUUGCUAUUCACAGCAAUUAGACAUCCAGCUGCAGUCCUGUUUUCGUACACCGCAUAAUUCCUUAUCAUCAAGCUCAUUUCACUUAUAUUUUAUAGAUGUGUGCAAAAUAACUUAUUUGUCAUAUUCAUUAACACAUUAAAGUUUUCAGUAGA